CUUCGCGCUACUUCGCUUCACUGCAAACCCCAUUCGAUCGAGAGAUCUCUUCCAAUGUCUUCGUCCAAGUCAGAUAAUCGGGAAUCGAUUGGAUCUAAGAAGCCCUGGAUUAACACUUCACCAAGUGAUGGAGAUUGGACCUGCCCACAAUCAACUAGCUUGACAAUGAGGACCACGCCUAGUUAUCCUGCUUUCGAUCAUCCACCACCUUUCCGUUUUGGCGCUGUUGGAGUUCGUCCGCCACUCCCCCUUGGAAUGUCUGGAGGCUAUGGAGCAGCAUUCUUGUUUCGUGGUAUGCAUCGAUAUGGUUGUGGUUUACGUGGUGGAGCUUCUGGAUCAUCUGGACCACCUGAGCUUCUCCCUGCAUAUGGCCCACCUGGGCCCAUAGGAGGUACAGGUUACAACAAGAACUUGGAGCAGGACUGGUCUACGCUCCCUGAAGACCUCGUUUAUCUUAUCACAGAUAAACUCAACUGUGAGGAUUUCAUAUCUUUCCGUGCUACCUGCCUGAAAUGGAGGAACAUGACUCGCGAACGUGUGCCUUAUGUGAUCCUUGUGGAGUUUGAUGACCGAAAUCACACUAUACGAGCAUUGUCCCUAUUUGAUAUCAUUCAGAAAAGGAUUGUUCAGCUCGAGCCUUCCGUCUUUCGUAAGGUUCAGAAUUGCCAUUAUCUAGGAUCAUCUCAUGGAUGCCUGUUUGUCGGAAGAUUUAUCGAAGAAGCGCUGCACAUUACACUACUAAACCCAUUUGCCAAUGAACCGCCUAUUAAUCUGCCAGCAUUGAAUUGCCAACCAACAGGAAUUGUCCUUCUCUCGGAGCGUCCUACAUCUGUCCGGAAUGAUCAUAUGACAGUAGUGUACUGUCCACGUUCUGAUGGACGUUUUUUGCUUCAGGCACGUUUCAUUAGACUCACUGCUAACAGUGAUUGGCAAAACAUCUGGUUCACAGGCAUACCAGAUGAUGUUUUAGCUAUGGAAGGGCAAUUUUAUGUUAACUUCAAAGGGAUUUUGAGGAAGAUGGAUGUCGAGAACCAUGGUCUUUAUGAAGAGAAAUUUACUCUGCUAUUACCUGGUUUACCCCGGUCACAAUCUUCAGAUCCAACUUUAAACCUGAGGUACUUUCAAGAUUUAGAAGGUCAUCUCCAUCUUCUUGUUUGUUCUUCCUAUCAGAGCGGCCUUUAUGCUUUCACAAAAGUGUGCCCAAUGCAAUAUAUGUCAUUGUUCUACGAUGAAAGAUUUUUGGCGCCACCGAGGAGUUUAGGCAUAAAGAGACACAUAGUUUUCUUGGAUGAUUUGACUGUAAAAACACGAUUUGGGCGUGUACUUGUUGACAAUUAUUACUCGCAAAACCUCCUUCUCAAAUUGUCAGCUUUCUGGGGCACCGAUCAAAAUCGGUUUCAACCUGUGGGCUGGAUAGCAUCCAGCCUAUUAUGAUCUUGGACCUGUUUGAAUUGAAACAGAAUGUCUUGUUGUGGUUUGACAGUGUAACUGAAAUUGCAUAAACUGGAUGGGGUUUUUCUUCUUCAUCUGUUCUUUUUACUUACUAUAUUGGCUUUUCUCUUUUGAAAGACCAGCAUAUCUGAUAUUCUGUAUGUUUGUCCAGUAUUCAGUUG